AUGUCCAACAACCUCCUGGGGUCUGGCUGCCCCAAGCCGUUCAUCUCCGCGGCUGGAUUCCCCCCCGACAAAGGGCAUAUCGAUGGCCGGCUUUGCCAGAACAUCACCGAAACUCUGUCGUGCUGUUUGCCAUGUCCCAUGACAGAAUGGGUAUAUCCUGACUAUUUCGAGACCUUGACAGCAGUUGCGAACUGGAUAUGUGUCGCCAGCGUUCUGUGCUGCCUCUUCUUGCUCUUGUCGUGGGCGUUCCUGCCCGUCGACAAGACAAGUCGUCAUUAUCUGAGCAUCAGUCUCGUCUGUGCCGUCAUGCUCAUGAACAUGGGCUUUGUCAUUCCGCUGGCGGCCCAGCCACAAGAAUGUAUCAACGACAUCACGCCCCACAACAUGCACACCAGCGGCGUCUGUGGCGCUUCCGGAUCUUUCCUCCUGCUGGGCGGAUUCGCCGGCGUCAUGUGGGUUUUCUUGCGAGCCGUGUCUCUUCACCUACAGAUCUGCUGGCAGGCCGUCGUCGGCCGGAACUUCAUGCUCAUCUCUCAGGCCACCGGCUGGGGCUUCCCCGCCAUUGCGCUUCUCGUUGCCCUCCUCUUCAGCGGAGUCUCCUUCCGAUUUGGUGCGACUUGCCACAUCAACCACGAGAAUAGUUUGGCCACCUUUUGGAUUCCCCUGUUGGUCUUUGCCGGCCUGACCGUCAUCAUACAAUUCGCCACGUUUGGCUACUGUAUCAAGGUCUACCUAGCCUCUUUGGCCGACAACAGCGCUUCGACCGAAGGCUCAAGCCUGCCGCAGUAUGCCGCUAGUGCGCGCACCAUGACCCCCCGCCAAGCAUACCGACGUGUGCGCCGCGUCAUUGCACUACAGUGGAGAGGCAUCACGAUUGUGCUCAUCAUCAUCUGCGAUGUCAUCUUCUUCUCCGUCAUCUUUGUUUUCCAGGACGUCACGGUGCAAGCUGUGCGUGAGGACAAGACCAUUGCGGAACCUUGGAUUCUCUGCCUCUUCGGCUCCAGCGGCGAUAAGAACAAGUGUCUGGAUUUGGCAAAACCUCUCGUCGUCAACGAAGCUACCAUCAUGGCAGUGCUGAUCCUUCUCGCGAUCAACGGCAUCUGGUUGCUUAUCCUCCUCGGACGAUGGUCCAUGGUCACCGGCUGGGUUGACCUCUUCAGGUCGUUCCGCGGUGACAGCAAGAAGGAAUUCGUUUCCGUGGACGCCCGGCAGGAUGCCAAGAAAGAUACUCGUGCGUACGAGAUGCUCUCUGUUGACUCGAGCGCUGCGGUAACACCGAUUGACCCAGUCAAAACACCUGCCAGCCCACCGAGCGGCCGCAGAACGCCCGAUUACUUCGGGCAGACUGCACGAUACCACGCACCUGAACGGUCGUUCUCGAGCCCACGGCCACCACGAAGCCCGCCUGCCAACGACGGCUGGGAGAUGAGGCCAACGCAUGUGCGUCCUGAAAGGCGGCACAGCCCCGAGGGGUUCGAGGACAUGAACCCGUUGGGGAUGAACAGGAUCUGA